CACGAGCAUCCGCUCUGCGCAGCGACUGCACAGAUCAUCCACGCAGCUACAGGAAAGUGUUAUUUUUACUACAGACCAGAAGAUUUUUUUAUAAAAACAGUAAAUCGCUUUAUUUAUGAAGCUGCACUACGCAAAGGCUGCGCAUAAUUGACACACUUGAGUCCUAGCCGGCAUGAGCCGGAAGUGUUCUGACGAAUUACCCCCGGAGGAGGGGAUGGAGGUGGACUGUAAGCCAGAGGACCUGUCGAAGUGUUCGUAUGAGGAGCGCUGUGUGGAGCUGGGGGAGGUGAAGGACAUGAGGCUGGAAGCUGAGGCGGUGGUCAAUGAUGUGCUCUUCGCAGUCACAGACAUGCACGUCUCUCACAGUCUCACCAGCGGACUGGAUGUGGCGUACAUAAACGUGGAAACCAGAGAGGGAAACCGAUACUGCUUAGAGCUCACCGAGGCAGGGUUAAGGGUGGUGGGACAUACCUUCGAUCAGGUGGAUGAGGGGUUGAGCACCCAGUAUCAUGAGACUGUUUACUCACUGCUGGAUUCUCUCAGCCCUGGAUACAGAGAAGCGUUUGGAAAUGCUCUGCUACAGAGACUGGAACGGCUUAAACAAAACGGACAGUGAGGGCUUCAGUAUCAUUCAGAAUAUCUUUGCUCGCUAACAGUUCAACCAAGUCCUGUGCCGCUCUCAGCUUAAAGCAUCAGUGGUACUUUUUUUUCCGGUUUUUAGCCCGUGAUAUGUUUUAACAGAUCUUCUUGGUGUUUAUUUGACAAACUGACUUGCCUGUGAUGUUUUAAAGUAUUUUACUAUCAUUUGGAGAGGUAUCAUUGUAUUGACACAACGGGCCCAGAUGAAUACUUUUUUUUUUUUAAUUAUUUAACAUUUACGCAAAUGAAACAACCCUCCGAAAUAGCAAUGUGCUGUUUUGAGGACCACAGGAAACUGUUUGAACUGAAGUCUUUUGUGUUAACAUACUAGUGCUCUGAUUUUGGAUGAACUGGGUCCUGCAAAAUACGAGUUUUAGAGCUCCAUACUGCACAUCCAUCAACUGUACAGCAUGGCUCUUUAAAGUAUUAAUAUUAAAAACAUAUCAGAUGCCUUACUAUUUUCAUUCAAAUUUCUAACAAUCCCAUUUUCUUUUGUUUCAGUUGGCAGAUAGUUGUUGUCUGAAAAUCCUGAUACAUUCAGUAUCUUCCCUUCCUUUUGCUUGGUAUUGAUCAUUUCAUAUCAGACCCUCUUUGUGAAUGUAAAAAUGAAUCUAUUGCUUCAUUGUUUUCAGCAGAAAGGAUUGAUAAGCCAAAACAGUGGUGAUAUCCACUUCCACCCCCAAAAAGUAUUUUCUUUUUAAGAAAAUGGAGAUAUUCGUCAGUUUCUUAAACCUGUCUCAAAAAUCAAAGAUGGUGCAUUUUAGCACUGAAACACAAGCUUUAUACUGUUAUUUACGAAAGAGUUGAGCAGAAUCUUCUUUCACGCAAUUACAUUACAUAACAGCGUGUUUGUGUGGAUGUCAAUGCUCGACUUUCUGUUAAAAAGAGAAUAUAGCCCAUAGCUAUAUUCUGUUUAUAACAGAGAAUAUAGCUAUGGUUACUUAUGGUUCCAUAUCGGCAAGAACGAACAUAUCACGUAUGCAUUGUCCAAUAUUGGUGUUAUUACAAUUGGUUUUAAAUAAUGACUUUUAUUGUUUGUAAGAUUUCAAGUUAUGUGGAACCCUUGAUUGACUGGUCAAAACAAAAUGCUUGAUCUUGCACAGAAUUGCACUAAAGGAGAUAAAGCAGCCAUUUUCUUGAAAGGGCUGUGUAAAGAUAUGCUACAAACUUACAUUCCAUUUCAUUUCAGUUUAGAACAGAAGGAAGAGAUUUGUUUUAAAAACAAAAACA